AUGGAGAGGGGCGACGGGGGAGGAGGGAUGGCGCCGCGGGGCGGCGGGGUGGGGUCGGCGGCAAUGCUGGGGCUGGACAUGCACCUGGCCCCGCAGCAGAUGCACUCGGCCGCUGCGUUCCAGCACCAGCAGCAGGGUGGGUUCCAGCUGGAGCAGCCGGCGCCGGUGGCGGUGGCGGUGAGGCAGCAGCAGGCGCCGCCGUCGUUCUCGCCCUACUCCAACACGUCGUCGUCCAGGGUCAUGGUGGGGCACGACGACGACAUGGUGGGCAACAACGGCAGCGGCGGGAAGGGAGGAGUGGUGGUGCCGCAGCAGCAGCAGCAGCUGGCGUCGGCGGCGUGCCCGUGGACGAGGAUGAAAUGGACGGACGCCAUGGUGCGCCUGCUCAUCGGGGUGGUGUACAGCGUCGGGGACGACGGGGAGGGAGUGGCGACGGCUGGCGGCGCGGGGGCAGGCAAGGCGGGCAGGGCGGGCUCGUCGGGGCACGGCCACGGCCACGGCCACGCGGCGGCGGCGCAGCAGCAGAAGAAGGGCAAGUGGAAGUCGGUGUCGCACGCCAUGAUGGACAAGGGCUUCGUGGUGUCGCCGCAGCAGUGCGAGGACAAGUUCAACGACCUCAACAAGCGGUACAAGCGCGUGGUCGAGCUGCUGGGCCGCGGCCGCGCCUGCCGCGUGGUCGAGAACCACGCGCUGCUCGACACCCUCGACGACCUCACGCCCAAGGCCAAGGACGAGGCGCGCAAGCUGCUCAGCUCCAAGCACCUCUUCUUCCGCGAGAUGUGCACCUACCACAACAACCUGCUGCCGCACGCCGGCGGCGGCGCGGCGGGAGACGCCGCCUGCCUCCACCACCCGCCGCCGGCGCCCGUGGCCGCCGCAGACUCGUCCGCCGCUCGCCACGCCUACGCGCAGCAGCAGGCGGCGGCCCCGUCCCCGCCGGGGAUGAAGGACUCCUCCGCCGACGUCGCGGACGACGAGGACGACGACAGCGACGACGCCGUGAGCGACAACGGGGACGAGGACGAGGACGACUACGACGAGGAGGAGGACGGCGGCCACAUGUACCACAGCAACAACCGCCCCAGUCGCCGUCAGCACAGCGGCGGCGGGCGCAGCAAGCGCGGGCGUGGCGAGAAUGGCGCCGCGGCCGAGGACCUCGACGACGAGGCGGAAGGCGGUGGUGGGAGACGCGCGAGGUGGAGGGCGGCGGCGCGGGUGGCACCCGACCCAUCGGCGAUGCUGCGGCAGGUGAAGAGCGAGCUCGCGUCCGCGACCAUGGACCCGCAGCAGGCCCGAAGCUGGGUGCGCCGCCGCGCGGUGGAGGUGGAGGAGCAGCAGAUCCGCCUGGACUCCCACGCGUGCUACCUGGAUGGGCAGCGGCUGAAAUGGGAGCGGUUCCGCUGCGACAAGGAGCGCGACAUGGAACGCGCGCGUCUGCAGAACGACCGCCUCCGCAUGGAGAGCCGGCGCUUGCUGCUCAUGCUCCGCCACAAGGACAUCGAGCUCGACAUGGCCGAGGCAAACUCUUCCUCCGUCGACCACCAACCCGGCGCGUCGCCGCUCGCAGCACACCAGCAGCCGAUCGGGUCCAGCCCCUGCCCGUCCACCGCCGGCCACCCAAACUAG